AUGAGAAUAUCUCUAGCGGCAUCCCUGACCAGUCAACGGGAGCAGCUCUCGCAUACGCCUGAUUUACAAGUAUCACGUCUCAAGACGAAACCGGAUGAUAUUGGAGGCGCCAGUCGUCAUCAACAACGAUGCGCAUCAGGGUUGGGCAUAAGAGAACAUCGGAAUCUAGACCUAGCUGCGCUGGAAUUUACCGACCCGGAAGAAAAAUGGCAGUCCGAAUCCAAUACGCGUCCGGCUAAAUGGAACCUUCAGCCGACAGCGCCAUCUACAAAUGAUACCACGACCCUUGACAGCCAACGCCCAGAGAGUGAUCUUGUUGGAUUCACUGGAUUUCAGAUCUCGGAUGUUUCAGAUUUUAAUUUUUGUUUCGAGCAAUUCUUUGACAAGGACAUCGAAUUUCCCAGCUGGCCAGAUUUCACACUUUCAACGAACGGUUUAGAGUAUCAGCUCGACGAUGUUGGGGAAGGCAGUCACCAGACACAACCGACAGAAGAUCAAAAGCCCUUCGAAAAGAAGUGCACCAAAAUUACAGACUCCCCACCAAAGAUGAAUGAGACUUUCCUGCCACAUGUCAAUAGGGACGCUACUUAUCUAACGCAUUUCGAGCGGUGGAUUGCUAGCUGUGGCUACUCUCUCAAAGAGGACGGCAAAGGAAACUAUCUGAGAUUUGUUCUCGACUACAUUCAAAGUGCGCACUGUAGUCAUGAUUCUCCAUUCCGGUUUGCCGUCCUUGCCUGGGCUGCAAAGCACUUGGCAACGACCUCUUCAUCCCACGACGAAUCUUGGAAAAUAUACUAUACCCGAGCAGUCCAAGGUCUUGAGCGUCUACCAUGGCGGGGAGAACCGAAUAAUUUUUUGGAGUCCGGCUCAGCUGCACCGACCCGGCUAUGUGUCAUUUCUUCAAAAGCCGAGGUCACAAUAUCAUCUGCACUGUUUCUCUGCAGAUGUGACGUUUUAAAUGGCGAUGCCACUUCGAUUCUCAACCGGUUGGAUAAUUUAAAAGAGCACUUGGCAUGUCAUCUUGAUGUUACCUGUCUCUCUGCCUUGGCAUGCAAAUUUCUCCUGUGGCUUUGUUAUAUUGAUGUCCGUCUAAGGAUAUUUUCCUCACCAAUGCCAUUCAGCGCCAGAGGAGAAAAUAUCCCGAUGACUACACUGCUUGAUGAACUCAUACGCCACCCUAAUUACAAACAUAUCUUAUCUCACUCGCACUCCUACCUGUCCGAAAUUUUUGGUCAAACAUAUCCUCCUGACGAGCUGGCUCAAGACGAGAAGAAAGUACCCGUAUCAGUCCGAACGCAUGAAACAUUCUGCCUCAUUUCCAAAAUGCUUCACUAUCGCUCAUGGAAAUAUAUAGUAGAACAAAACGGCGCUUUGUCGGAACAACGUGAGCUCGCAGAAGCUAAGGAGACUGCGAUCAGCCUUGAUAUACGACGCAUGGACACUGAAUUUGACCUUGCUGUAGCGACGAACCCUGCAGCUAGUGCACUUCGCAACAUCAUCACAAGUCUUGGAAAUAAUACUGCCAAUGGUAGCCUGGCUCUAAAUUCACUUCGGCCUGCAAACACAUUACAGGAUACCGAUCGAGCCUCGCUGCAGUGGUUAUCUUGUUAUGCAGCAUUUCUAUCAGCCAAAGUGCUCUGGUCACGAUUUCUGUACCCUGAUAUACGUAGUGAUUCGACCGCCACAAUCGCAACUAGCGGUAUCCUAAAAAUUGCAUUACGGCUCCGGCACAUAUACCGUGAAGGCGGGAUGGCACCUCUAACGAAGAUACCUCGGUCAAUGUUAUGGCCUUUACCCAUCUUUAUUGCAGGAAUCGAAACAAUGGACGAAAUAUAUGCGGAUUGGAUUUCGGAGUUCAUGGAUGAAAUGGCAUCGGCCAUGAAUGGCGUAACAAGACGGCGCGAUCAUAAUACUGUAGAGCACAUAGAUGCUUCAGUCGGCAAUACGGCAGACGGGUUAACUGACCAGAGGCUUAUACUGAUACUCAUGAUGCGCGUACGGGAGAAACAGGAUCUCUUAGGUCGCCGUGUGGAUGUCCAGGGAGUCAUGAGUGAGAUGAAUGGUGCCAGAAAUAUAUCUUUAUUAUAA